AUGGUUCAAAUUCAGGAUCUCCCCAUCGAGGUCCUGUCUCGUUGUCUCUCUUUCAUUAAGUGGCCCGGUCUGCCCCUUAACCCCUUCACGAUAGAUACAUUUAUUAUCCCACAUCAAGCUAUGCGCAAUUUGAUGAACAUAUCCCUUGUAUCACGGAAGUUCCGAGACCUAGCACAGCCAUUCUUGUUCCGUGAUCUCGAGGAUCUCAGUCUCGAUGGCACACCGAGCCGGUUUAUUCGCUUCUUAAAAGCUAUCAUCAUGCGCCCACAGCUCAGGAAGUACGUACAUUCUGUCACUUUGCACCCGAUGGAGAGUGAUUCGCUUGAGAAAUUCGGGGAAAAUCUACCCAGUCAUGACAUAGAAUUUUUCACGCGUGCUCUUCAGGAGGAGGCGUUACUGUCGGACAUGACUGUGGGAUUUGCCAGCCUCUUGCUAGCUCUAUUACUCACCAAGACCCCAAAUUUGCGUAUGCUCUCACUCUGUGGCACUGCGUUUUCCAUGAGGCCACUUAACCCUCUGUUUGUCCGUGACCCGUCUUUCUUGUCCAACCUUGAAGAGCUUCACCUCGAGGGAGACCAACAAAACCCAGACUACAAUAUCGCAACAUUUCAUAGACUUUUUACCCGGCCACGUUUGAAGCUUCUCGCCUGUGACUCUGGACAGCUCGAGGGCAACGAUAUUCCUACCUCCUGGGCUCCCAACACGCUCGCAGUGGAGGAAAUCCGCCUCACUAACUGCGACCUGAACUACAAUAGCCUAAAGCGAUUAAUCCAGACAUGCAAGAAACUGGUGCACUUCAUCUUCCUCGGUUGGAGCAUCGAUAAUGAUCCGACAGAUGUUUGGAGCAGCAGUCUGACUCUUCAUUUUGACGAAGUCGAUCUAAUCGAAGCACUCCUACCACACCAGGACACCCUGGAAUUUCUUGGUAUAGAAUUUUUUGACAGCCACGUCCCUAGUCGGCUUGAGUCGCUCGAGAAAUUUCCGGGAGGGAAGAUGCCUUCACUACGUGACUUCCCUGUUUUGAGUGAGCUCACAAUCCAAUUCAGUCUUCUUACGCCGCGCCCGGAAUUUCCUUCCGCUUUGAAGCGACUGACUAUUACGAACUGUACCACGUCUAUCUGGGAUAUGACUCACUGUAUCGCAAGCGACUGUAAAAGCGGACGUUAUCCAGAGUUAGAACAAAUCAUAGUCCUGACGGUUGACAUCACACAACUUAUGGAACUGGACAAGCAGAAUAUUCCAGAUGGUCAAACACCCGAGGAAUGCCUCUUGAGUCUCCGAAAUUUGUUCAAGGGUACAAAAGUUGAUUACCAAAUCGAGCCCUACCCAAAGCGAGAGGAUUUGUUUCCCAUGCGUGGCUUUAUGAAUGACGGCUUUUCGGAGGAUGACUUCUCAGAGGGGGAAUCUGAGACAGAGGGCUCGGUUGACCAUGACGACAGGGAGGAUCAGUUAAACUAG